CCGAGCUGCGAGUUACUUACCGUUGAGCUCUGGUGGCCGGCGUACCAGUGAGAUUCGAAGAUAGUCUCAUAGUAUUGUACGCUACCACUCAGGUUACUCAUCGGUUGUUUGCUUUCGAUACCAGCGGAUUUAGUCUCGGUUUUCUAUUGACACACAUCGAAGUAAAACAUUGUAGCAACUCUAUGGUCGACGUUUUGGUUCUUCGUGUGUGCGGUGGUUUCUGACCGAUUUCUUAAAACAGAUGCAGACAUGAGUGGUAGUUGUGGAUAAGUGGCAUUUUAUCUAUUGGAUUUUAAAGAUUGAGGGAGAUUUAUAUUUUGUUCAACUAUGGACGAGCAGACGGCUUUGGUGUUGGCUCUGCAGCUGGUGGCCCUCUUUUCCAUAGCUGGGGCCUUGUUGUUGUACCUGCUGUGUAAGAUACGCGCUACCGGUGGAUCUGAACUCUCGGAGAAUGCUCCAGGUGCUGGCAAACCGGUCUUGGUCACAUCUUGCGACAAUGCCGUCGGCUUACAGAUCGCGCUUCACCUGGCCAACCGCGGUUUCCGUGUGUUCGCGGGCCUAAAAGAGGGGGCCUCCUCUGGUUCUUCGGACGACUCGGCAUCCUCCAGGGUCAUCCGGGCUUGGCAGAAGCACCGCGAGAGCAUUCAGGGUCAAGGCGCUCUCAUCGCUUUACCGCUGGACGUUACCAGAGAAGACCUCCUUCACGAAGCUGUUGACAUUAUCAGGGCCCACCUUCCUGCCGGCGAGGAUGGCAUAUGGGCGGUGAUCAACACCAGCGGCCUCUCGUACCGUGGUCGCCUCGACCAGCAGGACAUAGCACACUGGGAUGCUAUGCUGAAAACUAACGUGAUAGGCAUCCUGCGAACAGCCAGGAAGUUCCAGAGCCUCCUUCGCAAUGCUGGCGGACGUAUCGUUAAUUUAGGUGCCACUGAGAAUUUAGGGGCUGGCCUGGUGGCUUACGCAGCUAGUCGGUACGCAGUAGAAGGGGCCAGUAGGGCUCUACGACAGGAAUUGUCGCCCAUGGGCAUCAAAGUACUCACUGUCAGUCCUCAAGGGAUCUUACCAGAAUUACUAUUUUCGACACCUAAAUUGAAUGAGAAACAAGAUCAAGAAACUUCUGUUGAAAUUGGAGGCACCCUCGAAUACCAACCUCUUGUGUUGUCCAACCGAGCAUUACAAACCCUGGAUAUAGCAAUAACAACUAGGUUUCCGAAAACAAACUACGAUUUACAAGACAAAAUUUGGUGUAAACCAUUUCACAUAUUGAAAAUCGUAUAAAUAUUGUUUUGUGCAGAUAAAUUUUGUGUUUAGCAAAUAAAGUCUGCCAUUUAAAUUUUUCAAAAUAAGAGAAAUUCGCACUUACCUUGAUUAAUUAAUAAGUCAGUAACCUAAAUGUUACCCCUUCAUUUGGUUAUAAAUAUCUUAAGAUGAUAUUGAUAUAACAUGAUGCAGCUUUUUGAAAUUUAGACUAAUUUUAAAAUGUUAUAUAUUUGUAAAUAUAUUUCUGUUGGAAUAAUAAUUAU